AUGAAGGGUGUAAUAGAAAAGGUUUUCACAGAAGUUCAGUGUGAACUCAACGGCAGCGUUUGUCCGAAAACAGCUACGUUUGUGGGCAAUGUCACUGAGGACUCCAGUACUGCCACUAGUGGUCGAAGGAAACGUGCAGCUGUUCCCACUGGGUCACCAGAGGUACGGAUUCUGCUGGAUUCAAUCGUGAGUACUAUCGACAGUCUUCCAGAAGUAAUAAGUGUAAAUGGAAUAGCCAUUUCGGCGAAUGAUGACGUCAUAGAUCUCCUCACAGCAAUGGUCAGAAUGGACGUGACCUUUAAGAAUAACAUCACUAUUCAACAGUUGUUCUUACUCGUGAUAGCCUCUAUCAACAACAUCCCUGGAGUCGACGUUCAAAGUUUUGAGCUGCAGACUGAUCCAUGUUCAUUGGACAAUCCUUGUAGAAAUGGUGCUACAUGUGAAAGGGUCGAGCCCGGCUCUGCGAAUGUCACCUGCAUUCCUCUAAGUGACGAUGGCGGUCCAACAGCACUUAGCAUCGCCCUGCCCAUCGUGGCCGUCCUGGUCAUUUUCAUCCUUCUUACCAUGGGUUACCUUGUACGUCUCUACCGUGGCCGGAGGUGGCAAAUGGAGACGUUGUACGGUGUAUCGCAUGGAAUGACGGGUAACUUCAAGAAGGACACCAGUCGGAAUAGACGUUCCAACCCGUCACCAUACCGGCAGACAGAACACUUUGUUAACGAAAGCACUCCGGGAGCGAGACGAAAGCGGAGCAGAAGUAUCGGCCACCUGUCUUCGGGACACAUCAACCCUCCAUUCGUGCACAAAUACAAGGAUGGGCUAGAGAUGGGCUGGAGCUCGAAUACUGGUGAUGUGUUUCGUGAUGAUAGCGAAGCUCAGGGCUUGUCUUCUCGGCAGACGGUAGACGACAAUGGAUUUUCAUAUAGAUAUCGAACAGCCAGUGGUUACUGGACAGAGGCGUCCUACUCAAACGGCGCCCCCACAAGGAAUGGCCAGAAUAAAUUCCACCAUGGAUCCUUGGACACGUACUUUUAAACGAGUCCGUGAAAACCAGACAGAGAUUUGUUAUGAGGUUGAGAGGGGUGACCUAUUCAUGCAUCCAGUAGCUUAUUUGGUAUGGAAUUGAGCUAGCAUAGUCCCUCCCCCCCCC